AUGGCACUUUCUAACGAAAUCUCUCAUCACAAUGCCUCUUCCUUAAAUGCUACGCGACCGCACCUUGCAACCCUUGCCGGAUCUUUAGAUUUAUUCUCGAAUCAAAACACGAUUCCAACUUUUACCGAUAUGGAUAAACCUCACCAAGAACCAAACGAUACACCCAUAACCACAACAAAUAUCAUUCUUGACUAUUUGAUAUACUUAUCCAUUAACGCAAGACUCGAACAAGCCAAGGAUGAUUUGAAAGAUUCGACCAAAGAGCGUCAAACAGCCGCAUUCCAUCGAAAGAAAUGUCAAGGCGUCGAGGCGAUCGUCGAAGGUCUACUUCAAUCACAUCGUACUCAAGCAACGUCAAUGAUGCUUCCUGCACCUCUCAAGCAUCGACUGUACCUGUGUCAGUUAUUACAUCUGGUGUAUGACCGAUAUAACAUGACUUCGUCAUCACCGCUAAAAUCCAGACGUAUUCUAAAUUCGGAUUCUGCGAAUACCGCGCGAUUUAAUCACUCCCACGUCCCCCAAUCCACCGCAAUGCCGACAAACAGGCACCGGGAUCAUAAAUUACCGCUGAAUCUAGCGAAAUACGAAAAACACUUUAAGAAACCUCUUCUGUCUCGGUGUCGAAAACACAGACUGUACAUUUGUGAUGCAUGCAAUCAACACGAUCAAUUAUCCAUUGUUUCGCCGCUGCCGUGUGGUGACGCUCCUCCAACGCGUAAAACUGCUUCAGGUUUGAUAGACGCAGUACCGGUUUUCAUAAAUGGCAGCGCGAUUACGUAUAGAUUGGCAUUUGAAAAAAGCAAUUCGAUUCUGGUUAAGUCAACGUGGUAUGACCUGCUGUUGAACUUGCUGACUCAGGCUGCGAUUGAGUGUUAUCUUUGUGAUUCUUAUAGUUCAAUCGACACGCUGUUGGAAAUAUUUUCCUACGGUGAUAUCGAUCCAUCUGACUAUCAUUCCGACAACUCGGAAAGUGAGGACGAUGACGAAGACCCUCAUUUUGCUGCCAAUCGAGCAGACGACUACUUAUUGUGGCAACGUACUUCGGUUCUGGAUGAAUUCCGUAUGAAGAAAAAAGACAGAAUGAAAGAGUUCCUGAAUGUUGAAGGAAAACUCGAACAACAUUUCGAAAAUCUCGCUGCGAAAUAUCCCAUAUGCGAUUUUGAAACGGAAAUGUUAGCUUAUUGUACCAAUGUCGCAAAUUUCAUGGAUGUUCCAGCAUUAAUAACGCUAUACAAAGAAUCAACAAAUAAUGGUCUGCUUGUCGAGCCGUCUCAAGUUUCAGGAGAUUAUAAUGGUGGGAUCGAUAUACCAAUGAGCGAAAACGAAUUUGGUGAUCUCAAUGAAGAUUACUUUGCAGAUCAGCAUGAAGAAAAUGAAGAAAACCUCGAUAUAGAAAAUGCAAAUAAACGACCUUCUCCCGAAGGUGAUCAGGCUAUGGUGAACAAAAAACGAAAAAAUGAACAUUAA